CGUUGCAACGGCAGCCGAGGAGGAGCCUGAGCCACAGGCUGCGGCUGACGACGAGACCGGGCCAGCGGCUGCUGCCUACGGGUUGAAAAAGCGGAGGGCCGAGAGGCAAGGGCACGGGCUGGAGUUGAAGAGCGGGUCUGGAGCAGGGACUUGCGACAGGUGGUAGGGGGCAAGCAAACCGCUCCCAAACGGAUACCUGCUAGGCGGGUGCUCUUAGCUCUCUUCUGGCAAGAGGCCACCCAGUGGCCCUCACCCCCGCAGUACAGGCAAAGCCUAUCUCUGAGGCGUCUACUACACUCCUUUGCCGAGAGAGAGGUGUGUCCUGUCUCCAUCGGUUCCGGCCAGCCGGGCUGGGUGGGAGGAGUAGUAAAGGUGCGCUGGCUUACGUGGACAGGGUCCCUGGCGGACGACAGGUCAGGUGGGAAAACAGGUGCUCUCCCUGACAUCCAAGGUGUCGGGCUGGUGUCACGACGACGGGGGGGCGGAGUCACCUUCCUCUUCUCGCGUCGCCUUGACUGGAUCCGCCGAUCCACACGUGCAGCCAGGUCCAUGGCCCCUUCAAGGGUCUGAGGGCGCUCGUAGGACACCAUCUCGUCCUUGAUAUACUCCGCGAGUCCAUGGAGGAAGGUGCCGACGAGAGCCGGGGUGUUCCAGUCGCUACGACGCGCCACCGUCUGGAACUGGAUGGCGUACUGGGCGACGGAUCUGCUGCCUUGGUGCAGCGUGAUGAGUUCCUUGGAGGCGUCUUCCGAGGCGGAGCCCAAGUCAAACACGCGCAGGAUCUCAGCUGCGAAGGCGUCGAACGACGAACAGGCGGGUCCCUGCCGCUCCUAUUCUGCCGUUCCCCACAGCCAUGCCUCGCCCGUAAGGUGAGUAAGUACAAAACCCACCUUGGCUGGUUCCGUGGCGAACGUGACGGGCUGGAGGUUAAACAAGACGCGGCAGUUUGUCAAAAAGGCCCGGACGUACUUGGGAUCACCGUCGAACCUCGCGAGGUUGCUGAGUCUGGGCUCCGGGACGUCCACGAGCUGCCUGGGCGCCGGGGCAGGACGGGGCGUGGACACAACGGUGGGCUGAUCGGUGGGGCUGAGUGGAACGGUCGUGGAGAGGGCUCGUGCAGAUUGGGUCGCAGCAGCCAGAGGAGCCAAGUCUUUAAGGGCCUUGAGAGCUUCUACCAGUUCUUGGUGGAGCUGAUGGUGCUGCAGGAGCUGCUGUUGCUGCUGCUGGACGAUCCUCGUCAAUGUCGCCAUCUCUUCUGUGAUCUUGCUAAGGUCCCACUCCGUGUGGGUCAGGCGGUCCAGGGCUGAGGGACCGUGCGCUGGUUGCAUAUUUGGUCAGUUCGUUCUGUCACGGAACAGAGACAGGGCGACCAAGUGCAACACGAUCCUUUAUUGAAAAAGGGGGAAAGGGGAAGUGGAACGCUGGGCUUGCGGUCUGGCGUGGCUGAGCAGCAGAGCACAGCGCGGAGUCGUAGUCGGAGGCAGGCAGGUUGUCUAGACAGGCGGCGAUCAGAAGCAUGGUCAAAGGACGAGCAAGUAGUCGGGGCAGGCGGCGAUCAAGGCGUGGUCGGUCAGU